UUGAAUAAUGGCAUUUGGUAUUUUGGUAUUUUCGGCUUGCUGCCACACUGAUUGUUAUCCAAAACGUGCGCUGGCAAACAAAAUAAAUAACACGCAUACACAGAGACAGACGCUAGGAUAAAAUAUCAACAAAGUGCUGCAACGCCCACAGAGCGCUAAAAAUUUUAACUACUUUUCUUGAAAUCAUAACAAGAGAACAACUCCAAUCAUGAGUAUGAGCGACGACGACAGAGAUAUUGACAUCGAGAGUGACGACGACGGAGACUCUGAUAACGGUCUUGGCUCCUCGAGACACACAAGCACUGCUAAUUUUACGCCGGCCGAAAAACGAGCACACCACAACGCUUUGGAGCGCCGCCGAAGAGAUCACAUAAAAGAGAGUUUUACUAACCUGCGCGAAGCAGUGCCCACGCUAAAGGGUGAAAAGGCGAGCCGUGCGCAGAUACUCAAAAAGACCACAGAAUGCAUUCAAACGCUGCGACGCAAAAUAAGUGAAAAUCAAAAGGACAUCGAAGACAUUAAGAAGCAGAACAGCAUACUGGAUGAACAAAUACGGCGCCUGGAGGGCAACACAUCAAAUGGCAGCGAUUUUUUGAGCGGCGAUGAGCUAAGCAGCGAUGUGGAGGAUGCUUUGGAGCAGUCGGAAUUCAGUCGACGCAGUAAAAAGAUGAAAACCUUUCAUGCAUAGCCCAUAAAAACGUCUGCUGUACUUUGUAAGGUUUACGCUAGCAUCGUAAACGAAUCAAUCAAAACAAAAUUCUAAUGCCUGGACAUUAACAGCAACAGUAUACCCUAUAAGUUCAACAUUUAUGCCCAUCUAUACCUUAAUGUGUGCGAGCGAGUGUGUAUGCGAGUGAGUGUGUGUGUAUGUUGUUUUGUACUCUCAUACUAAUAAAACAUUUGUAAGUAUCUAAAGAUUUAGAUAAGUAAUACAAACGAAAAACGAA